UGAGAGAAGGAAAAUGAGGACAACAAACAUUGUCAAAAGUGUAAUUUUGGCUCUGGGAAUAGAUGCUUUUCAACCUACUCACCAUGCACACUCUCAAUUCUUCUGAAAUUGAAAUCUCCACCUUCUUCCUGGUUGGAAUCCCAGGAUUGGAACAUAUUCAUGUCUGGAUCUCCAUCCCUAUCUGCCUCAUGUACCUAGUGGCCAUUCUGGGCAAUUGCGCCAUCCUCUUUGUGAUCAGAACAGAGCCCUCACUCCAUGCACCCAUGUACUAUUUCCUUUCCAUGUUGGCCGUCUCUGACCUGGGCCUAUCCCUCUCCUCCCUCCCGACUAUGCUAAGGGUCUUCUUGUUCAAUGCCACAGGAAUUUCUCCAAAUGCCUGCUUUGCUCAAGAAUUCUUCAUCCAUGGAUUCACAGAUAUGGAAUCCUCAGUUCUUCUGCUCAUGUCCUUUGACCGCUUUUUAGCCAUACACAACCCUCUGAGAUACAGCUCUAUCCUGACCAGUGCUAGAGUUGCCAAAAUAGGUCUGGUAUUUCUCAUUAAAAGUAUAUUCUUAGUGCUUCCAUUUCCUUUCACUCUGAAAAGGUUGACAUAUUGUAGGAAAAGCCUACUUUCUCACUCCUAUUGUCUCCAUCAGGAUGUCAUGAAGCUGGCCUGCUCUGACAACACAGUCAACUUUUUCUAUGGUUUCUUUGUUGCCCUCUGUGUGAUAGCAGACAGUGUGUUCAUUGCUGUGUCCUAUGUGUUCAUCCUAAAGACUGUGAUGGGAAUUGGAUCCCAUAAGGAGAGGUUCAAGGCCCUCAAUACCUGUGUCUCCCACAUCUGUGCUGUGCUUAUAUUCUAUGUGCCCAUUAUUGCUUUGGCCUCCAUCCAUCGGUUUGGCAAGCACAAAUCCCUAAUGGCCAUGAUCCUCAUUGCUAACAUUUUCUUGCUAGUGCCACCUUUGAUGAACCCCAUUGUAUAUUGUGUGAAGACACAGCAAAUUCGUGAAAAGUUUCUGGGGAAAUUGGGUCUAAGAUAAAGAUAUGGGAAAAAAGGAGAGCAGGGUGAGCACUAUCUAUGCAAAGUGUUAUGGAGAAGUGAUGGUUAUCUGCCUUAAUCAUCCUUACAAUUGGUACAGCAUAUGGGCUGGAGUACUGUAUCGGCUCUGAGGUCUCUAAAUUUAGGACUGAUAUAGGAAUAAAAAAAAUAUAUAGACAGAUAUUUAUUGGACAGUUACACAAUGUUAUUAAAAUCAUGAAUCAACACAUUGAUAUGGAAUUUUAAUUACACUGUUUAAUUACACUGUUUACAAGCUCAAAUAGUUAAGAGCUUGGCUGUUAACUGAAAUGUAGGCGGUUCAAACCCACCCAGCGGGGCUGUAGGAGAAAGAUCUAGUGAGCUGCUUCCAUAAAGAUUACAACCAAGAAAACCCUAUGGGGCAGUUCUACUCUGUCACAUGGGGUCAAUGAACCAAUCUCGAUCCAAUGGCAUCUAACAACACAGCGCAAGGAUAAGUACAUGUGCAGUAGAGAUUCUAUCUCCAUAAAGAAAAUGAAUAUCAAAAGACCUGGAAGUUAAAAGAUGCUACCCCAAUCCAGUUGCUGGUCAUCUUCCAGGUGGCCUCCAGAUAAUAUUUGUUGAGGGGCCUUCAGUGAAUUUUGUGGCAAUUCUUCUGGAUUCACCAUUUAAGUGAAAGAUGUCUAUGGUCAAAUAUGCUUUGGCUUACAAUCAUUUCCCAUUUCCCAUUUCAAAAUGUGAAAAUCAUUUUGUUCACAGAAAGAAACAUUGCCAUAGACCUCUAUAUUUCUUAAUUUCCUUAACAAUCAAAUUGAACAAUAAGUGAUUAUCUCUUUUACCUUAGAACAUU